AUGUGGGAGAGGGAUCGCUUGAAACGAAUUGCUGUAUUAACUAACGAGGAAUCAGCUUGGUUUAACUUUAAAAAUCUUAAAAACCAAGUUAACUUUAAAAUUAGGGAAAAUAAGACACAAUAUUACAACUCGUUUUUUAAUGAUAAUCUGGGUGAUUGCAAAAAAACUUGGAAUGGUAUAAAUACUAUACUAUCCAAGAAUAAAAACCUUACUCAUACGGAAAAAGUCGUCGUUGAUGAUGCUGUAAUCAAUGAUCCGCUCGGGGUAAGCAAUGCCUUCAAUAGGCAUUUUACAGGCAUAGGACCCAAACUUGCGGCAAAAAUCCCAGUUAAUUUAAAUGCAAACUAUGACCAUAUUAACAAACCUGAAAAUGAAUUUGAACUUCUAAUAGUCAGUGAGUUAGUAGUUUCAAAGUUAGUUGAGAAACUGUCAACACGUAAAGCUAAUGGUCUAGAUAACAUUCCAGCUUGUUUGUUGAAAGCAAGUGCGCCAACCACGAUAAGCUCGUUGACUUACAUUAUAAAUUUGGUAAUCCAUACUGGCACUGUCCCACAUGACUGGAAAAGAGCUAGGGUCACUCCUAUUCAUAAGGAAGAUUGCAAAAUGGACCCCAAUAACUAUAGACCUAUAUCCGUAUUAUCUGUGGUUGCAAAACUGUUUGAAAAAGUGAUCUUUGAUCAAACUUAUGAAUUCCUAUGUAAUAACAAUCUUCUCUCAGAUGCCCAAUCUGGUUUUAGGCCUUUGCAUUCCACUUUAACAGCACUGCUAGAUAUCACUGACAAAUGGUAUUCUAAUAUGGACAAUGGUUUAAUCAAUGCUAUACUUUUUAUUGACUUAAAAAAAGCUUUUGAUACCAUUGACCAUGAAAUUCUUCUAAAUAAAUUAUCUCGAUAUGGUUUUAAAUGCAAGACCAUUGAACUUUUCCGUGAUUAUUUAACGGGACGUACUCAAAUAACUGUUGUUAACAAUAUCCCAUCUGAUAGCUCUGAUAUUACAUGUGGGGUUCCUCAAGGAUCCAUUUUAGGACCAUUGUUAUUCUUGUUGUACAUUAAUGACUUACCAAAUUGUAACUUGAUAUCUGAUGGACAUCUAUAUGCUGAUGAUACUAGCUUGACAUAUGCGGAUAACGACAUUAAUCAACUACUCUUCGUAAUGAAUGGUGAUUUACUUUCGCUUAGAAAUUGGCUUAACAUAAAUAAGCUCAGUCUAAAUACACUUAAAACAAAAUGUAUGUUCAUCGCAACUCGACACAAAUUAGCUACCUUACCAAGUCAACCAACAGUGGCCAUCGAUGGCAAUAUCAUUGAGCGAGUUAAAAAAUACAAAUGCUUGGGCCUGGAGCUGGACGAGUGCUUGAUGUGGGAUGAACAUAUUGCUCAAAUUACCUCAAAAAUUACCAAAAUAAUUGGAGUUUUAAGGCGAUUAAAAUCAUAUCUUCCGCGUCGUAUCCUAAUUUUAAUCUACAAAUUCUUGAUUCAACCACAUUUUGAUUAUUGCAGUAGUGUUUGGGGUAAUUUGGGUAAGGGUCUGGCACAAAAACUCCAACAAUUGCUAAACAGAGCCGCUCGUAUUAUUAAUGGUUCUCACUAUAGUGUCCGCUCACACGAGGUUCUAAGUGAAUUAAAUUGGUCAAACCUAGAAGAACGACGAUCUCAGCAAUUUAAAACGCUUAUGUUUAAAACAAUGAAUAAGAUGGUUCCAGAUUAUCUUUCGGAUAAAUUUACGUCCGUUAAUCUGGUUCACAACCAUAAUUUACGAGGCUCUAGUUCUAAACAAUUCGUCCCUAGACCUCAGACGGAGGCUCUCAAAAAAAGCUUUACUUAUCGGGGAACUGUUCUGUGGAAUAGCUUGCCUGUGGAAGCGAUUAAUGCUAAAUCAAUUGCUGAAUAUAAGUCUCAUAUAGCUUAGUUUAUAAAAUACUUCUUUAAUUGUAUAUAUUUAAUUGUAUUAAUCUAAUUAUAGGCUACUUAUUUAAUUGUUUUUAUUAUAGUUAUCUACAUAUAUUUGGUAGUUUUGCACGGCUCCAGGGAAGAGCACACUAUGUGAAUUGGACUCCGUGUUUUUAAAUAAAAUCCUAAUAAUAAUAAUAAUAAUAUAUAUGAAAAGUGUUCGUACCACAAUCAUAAGACAAUCAAACAGCAUUUAAAACAGGCAACACACCACGCGCGGAUUCCCUCGGCAACUAUGGUAUCACAACGUAAUAGCAUGGCAUAACGGUCGAUUAGUGAUGAAAUGUCCCUCAAGCCUCGAGAGGUUUAGUAAAACUUUUACUAAACCUCUCGAGGCUUUCGGGUACAUUUAAUCACUAAUCGCCCUGAAUGCCAUGCUAUUACUUAUAAUAAAACAAAUUAUUAUAUAAUUACAAAGAGCUUUCAUUGCCAGUAUCUUUGUAGGUUGGUCUAUUCUAAAUUUUAUUUUGUCAUGGAGUAG